UUGAAGGGGUUAUGCGUGCAAAACAUCUAGGGUUUCUCUCCUUGCAGUCACCGGCCGCAGGCAUACGACUGGCCUCACUACGCUGCCGAUCCUUUUCUGCUCCUUUGUUCCGCAGCUCGCUCUUGUCCUCCUCCCUUCUUUCUUUAUCGCCUGCUUUCUCUAGCACACCCUUUAGCUCUCUUUAUCGUUCUCUCUUCGCUUCCCUCCCGCCUCCUACUCUCCAACUCUCUUGCUUCACUAUUUGCUUACUGCGUCGCUCCGUCUGCUUUGUAAGAGAAGCGCAGAUAAACUUGGGAGGAGGGAUGCUGGACAUCAACCUCUUCCGUGAGGACAAGGGCAAUGACCCGGAACGAAUACGCGAAUCACAGCGCCGCCGCGGCGCCUCCGUCGAGAUAAUUGAUGAGGUCAUCCGCCUUGACAAGGAAUGGCGCCAACGACAAUUCGAGCUUGAUUGUCUCCGGAAAGAUUUCAAUCGUAUCAAUAAGGAAAUCGCGCAGCUGAAGAUCGCAAAGAAAGAUGCGUCCGAGAAGAUAAAGAGCACGGAGGAAAACAAGAGGCUUGCAACGGAGAAGACCGAGGAGGUGCUGCAAGCAAAGGCUACUCUUGAAGCCAAACUGAUGAUCAUCGGGAAUCUCGUGCACGAUUCUGUUCCUAUUAGCAUGGAUGAGGCAGAUAACCAGGUAGUGAGGACGUGGGGUGAGAGGCGGAUGGAAGGGAAGCUCAGAAGCCAUGUGGAGCUUGUAGAGAAGCUUGGCAUUGCUGAUUUAAAGAAAGGAGCUACUGUAGCUGGAGGAAGAGGUUAUUAUUUGAAGGGCGAUGGUGUCCUUUUGAACAUAGCACUGAUAAACUUUGGUUUGGUAUUUCUGAGAAAGAAGAACUAUGAACCACUUCAAACUCCCUUUUUCAUGAGGAAGGAUAUCAUGGCAAAAUGUGCUCAGCUUGCUCAAUUUGAUGAAGAGCUCUACAAGGUUACAGGCGAGGGAGAGGACAAAUAUCUUAUAGCUACUUCUGAACAACCAUUAUGUUCAUAUCAUCUAGAGGAACGAAUCUAUCCCACGAGCUUACCAUUAAGAUAUGCUGGAUAUUCAACCUGUUUCCGAAAGGAAGCUGGAUCUCAUGGGCGUGAUACAUUGGGCAUUUUUAGAGUUCAUCAGUUUGAAAAAGUGGAGCAGUUCUGUAUCACAAGCCCAAAUGACAAUGAGUCUUGGCUGAUGCUUGAAGAGAUGCUUAAAAACUCGGAGGAAUUCUAUCAGGAGCUUAAGAUACCCUACCAGAUAGUUGCUAUUGUAUCCGGAGCUUUGAAUGAUGCAGCUGCCAAGAAAUACGACCUUGAAGGUUGGUUUCCUGCAUCAAAAACAUACAGAGAGCUUGUGUCUUGUUCAAAUUGCACGGAUUAUCAGGCGAGGAGGUUAGGGAUUGGAUAUGGGCAGAAGAAGAAUGAUGAGCAAUCCAAGCAAUUUGUGCACUUGCUGAACUCAACCCUGACAGCAACAGAAAGAACAAUUUGCUGCAUACUUGAAAACCAUCAACAGGAGGAUGGAGUAACAGUCCCAGAAGUACUGCGACCCUAUAUGUGUGGCAUUGAAUUUCUGCCUUUUAAGAAAUGAGGAAAGGUCAGACCCAAAUUCCCUUUUACUCUUCUGAUCAAAAGACAAUUUUGAAUCCAGCUGAGCUUUUCAAGGCUGAUUUUGGAGCUGUUUAAGGAUUUUUAUUUAUUGGCCUGUAAGGCAUGGAAAGUGAUUUGACCUGGGAAGGAAUAUUUGCCUUCAUAACUUUGAAUUUAAUAAUUAUGAAUUGUAUUGAAAUUAUGGUGGCCUUUACAUGCAAAAAACUAUGUUGAUUGUCAUUCAGUUAAUACUGUGUGAAUUUUGAUUGGAGUGGA